AUGACUGAAGAAGAACAAUAUGCCAAAAUAAAUCUCACAAUCAAGAUAUCAAAUCCAACACAAAAUGAAAUCUUGAAAAACAAUGACAACAUUGUUAGAUUUACACCAUCAUCAUCUUUGCACAACUCUCCAUCUAUAAUAUCUCCUGCAUCUUCAGCCUUUUUUUCAGCCCUGCAGUCUCCUUAUAUAUCUCCUAGAGCCAUUUCAGAUGACCAAAAUAAUGUAUCUACAACCACAACUAAUAGCACACCAACUACAUUUACUCAACCUUCUAGUCCAAGUACUUCCUACACUCCCACAUCAGAAAGAUACAGUUUUUCUGAUGCCACAAAGAUAAAUGUUAAUGAAAAUGCAAAUGGGCCAGUCCCUCGUGUAUCGUUUUCGUUUCCGGUUCCUCGAGUUUCUUUAUCAAAAGGGUGUGUAUCAUCACCAGGGUCUAAUGCCAAACUAAGAAGUUGUGAUGUUUACAUAGGAUAUAAUGGUCAAAAUCCAAACUUGGUUAGGUUCUGCAAAUGGGUCAAGUCAGAACUUGAACUACAAGGCAUUGCUUGCUUUGUUGCAGAUAGAUCAAAGUAUGCAGAUGCUCAAAGUCUUGAGAUUGCUGAUAGAGUGAUGUGUUCAGUCACAUUUGGGAUUGUUGUUGUGACAAAAUGUUGUCUUGUGAAUUACUUUAGUAAUGAGGAAAUAAGGUUUUUUGGACAAAAGAAGAAUUUGAUCCCAGUGUUUUUCGAUACAAAUCUAAAUGAAGCUGUUGAGUUUCUUGCAAGAAAUUCAGAUGGUAAAGAAUGCAAAGAAGCAAUAGAAUGGUUGAUGAAAUACCAUGAGUGUAAACUAGAAGCAAAUGAAGGUAAUUGGAGAUGUUGUGUAUCUAAAGUUGCAGGAAUUUUGAGGGGAAAACUUGGUAGGAAAAGUGUGGCUAAUAAAGAAAUUGAAAAUCUUGAUGAAAUCCCAUUUCCUAAAAACAGAUUUUUCAUUGGUAGGGAGAAAGAGCUUGCAGAGAUUGAAAACGCUUUUUUCGGAUGUAAAGAUUUUCAAGAAAGUGAAGGCACAACAGCUAGAUCAUCUGAGGGACUUGCAGAUGAAGAAAGUGAGGUUUUGAUUGCGAGAAAGUUGUUGAAAAGGCCCAAGUAUAAGAAAACAAAGAGUGGGAAAUACAAGAAUUUCGGAAGUAGUGUGGUGUGCAUCAAUGGUGGAUCCGGAAUGGGGAAAACAGAAUUGGCAUUGGAGUUUGCUUAUAGAUAUUCAAAUAGAUAUAAGAUGGUUAUUUGGGUUGGUGGCGAAGGGCAACAUUUAAGGCAGAAUAUACUGAAUUUGUCUUUAAAUUUUGGGCUGGAUGUAAGUGCAGAUAUUGAGGAAGAAAGAGGAAGGAUCAGGAGCUUUGAUGAGCAAGAAACCGAAGCAUUUAAAAGGGUAAAACGAGAGCUGUUUCGUGAUAUGCCAUUUUUGUUGAUCAUAGAUAAUCUUGAAACCGAGAACGAAUGGUGGGAUGGGAAAGACUUACAUGAUUUGAUACCAAGAAACACUGGGUCAACCCAUGUGAUUAUAACAACUAGGCUGCCAAAAGUAAUGAGUUUUGAGACAAUGCAGCUUCAAGCGUUGCCAUUGCCCGACGCUAUGAUGUUAGUAACAGGGAGACAAAAGAAAGAAUAUUCGGUUGAAGAGGUUGAAUAUAUAGGGAAGUUUCAUGAGAGGUUGGGGAGGUCAAGUUUCGGGCUAUGGGUGAUUGGUUCAUUGCUAUGUGAGCUUAGUAUAUCGCCCUCAGCUCUCUUUCAAUCCAUCAACGAAAUCCUUAUAGACCAGACUUCAUGCCAUUCGGAUGAACCAUUUUGGGAAAGCAAUCUCUUUCUCCUCAAAGUUUUGAUUUUUUGCAUUAUGGUUUUGAAUGAAACUAAAAAUCAUCUUGCCUUGAAAAUGCUUCUAGCUGGGGUUUGGUUUGCACCGUCACCCAUCUCAGCAAAUCUACUAGCCAAUGCAGCUAGCCACAUGAGUCCAUCUUCAAACAGGUUCAAGAAAUGGGCCAAGUGUGUAAAUCUGACAUCCUUCUGUUGUUCGGGUUUUAUAAAGAGCCAUUCAUGGAAAACCGAAGAAGAUUCAGCUCUUGUGUUAGUUAAACUAGGCCUAGCUAAAAGAAGCAACAGGCAGCCCGAAUGUAGCAUCAUGUUUCACCCCAUAACUCAAAUUUUCGCAAAAAGAAAAGGAGGUUUACUCUCGGCAAAAACAACAAUCCAAAGCAUAAGGAAGAUAGGAAACCCGAUAUUAAACUCAGAUCAUCUUUGGUCUUCUGCUUUUCUAGUAUUCGGAUUUAAAUCCAACCCACCACUCGUUCAACUCAAACCAUUUGAAAUGGUUCAGUUCAUAAAAAAGACAGCUCUCCCCUUAGCAGUCCUAUCAUUCACAACUUUCUCCAGAUGCAACUCAGCCUUAGAGUUGCUAAAAGUCUGCACAAACGUGCUUGAAGAAGUUGAGAAAUCAUUCGUGUCACAAACACAGGAUUGGUGCCAUGGAGCUUUACGCUGGAAGAAGAAAAAGAGAACAGACACGAACUCAAACUUCAACUACAGAAUUGAUGAGUAUGUAUGGCAAGAUGUAACGCUGCUUAAGGCGACAUUGUUAGAGACAAGAGCUAAAUUGUUGUUAAGAGGUGGCCAUUUUGAUUAUGGUGAAGAGCUUUGUAGAACCUGUAUUAGUAUUAGGACAGUUAUGCUUGGGCAUAAUCAUGCUCAAACUUUGGCUGCUCAAGAAACUUUGUCCAAGUUAGUUAGAUUAAGAAGUAAAGUAAAAUAAAAUCUGAUCAAGCUUUUUAUUCUAAGUUUUGUUCAAUAAUAAUAGUGAUAGUUAAUGAUCA